AUGGCCGCCGACGAGGACCUGAAAGCGGGGCACUUCCAGACGCUGACGAUCGAAUCCCCCCACCGCAUCAUCAUCACCGACACGCUGUACGGCACGCACGAGAUCACCGAGCCCGUCCUGCUCGACCUCCUGCAGAGCCCGGACCUGCAACGUCUGAUCGGCAUCUGCCAGCAUGGCGUCACCGGCCACCUGGGCUUACUCCCGGGCGCCGUCAAGAUCACGCGCUUCGAGCACUCCGUCGGCGCCUGCCUGCUCGUGCGGACCCAGGGCGCCACGCUGGAAGAGCAGGUGGCCGCGCUCCUCCACGACAUCAGCCACACGGUGCUCAGCCACGUCGUCGACUGGGCGCUGUCCAACCCCCAGGAGGAGAGCUUCCACGAAGUUCACAAGGCGCGCUACCUGCAGACGACGGGCAUCCCGGCCAUCCUGGCGCGGCACGGCAUGCCGCUGACCGUGCUGCACGAGGAGCAGUACCCGCUGGUCGAGCUGCCGGCGCCGCAUCUCUGCGCGGACCGCCUGGACUACGCGCUCCGCGACGGCCUCGCCUUCGGGAAGCUGACCCAGGACCGCGUGCGCGAGCUGCUGCGCUGUCUGCGCGCCUUCCCCUACCCGACCGCGCGCAACCGCAUCCUGGUGCUGGAGCACCGCCGCGUCGCGCUCGGCUUCGCCCGCGCUUAUCUCCAGAUCGACCAGGAGGUGUGGUCCAACCCCGCCCACGCCGACAUGUACAAGCGCACCGGCCGGUUGAUCGGGGAUCUGGUACGCCAGGGCAAGAUGCCCGAGGAGGUGCUCUGGACGCUCUCGGAUGAGGAGUUUUGGGCCCUGUUGCUGCGGCUGGCGGACGCGGAGGGGGCGGCGAUGUUGAAGCACUUCGAGCGGGAGGGGCUGGCGGAGGAGCACGGUCUGCCUCUGCCCAGGAAUGCGAAGAUCAGGACGGUCGAUCCCGACGUCUGGGAGAAUGAGUACAUCCCCGCGCCUCUGUCGCAGUUGAGUCCCGAGUGGGCGGCGGAGCGUCAGGCCUACAUUGCUCGUCGCGAGGCGACCCGCGCGUUGGACUAG